CCUCUGCGAUCACCAGAAUCCAUCCGAUCUCUUCCAACCCCGCUCCCCCCCCCCCCCCGGGCCUUCCACUAUCCCCCAAUUCUUUCCUCCUUCUUCCUCGCCGAAAAUUCCAUAAAUUUUGCGAUCAGGGUUCGAAGGUCCGAAUCGAGGUUAGGGUUUCCCAAGAUAUCAGAGGUUUCUUCUAUCUCGGCGACGAUGUCGAGCUUCAGCGGCGACGAAACCGCUCCCUUCUUCGGAUUCCUCGGCGCCGCGGCCGCCCUCGUCUUCUCAUGUAUGGGGGCGGCGUAUGGGACGGCGAAGAGUGGGGUGGGGGUGGCGUCGAUGGGAGUGAUGCGGCCGGAGCUGGUGAUGAAGUCGAUCGUGCCCGUGGUCAUGGCUGGAGUGCUUGGGAUCUACGGGUUGAUCAUCGCUGUGAUCAUUAGCACAGGGAUAAACCCUAAGGCCAAGUCGUAUUACCUCUUCGAUGGCUACGCUCAUCUUUCCUCUGGGCUGGCUUGUGGUCUUGCAGGGCUCGCCGCGGGCAUGGCUAUUGGAAUCGUUGGCGAUGCUGGAGUCCGGGCCAAUGCGCAGCAGCCAAAACUUUUUGUCGGCAUGAUUCUCAUUCUCAUCUUUGCUGAAGCACUUGCCUUGUACGGUCUUAUUGUUGGCAUCAUCCUUUCCUCUCGUGCUGGCCAAUCUCGGGCAGACUAAGAGGCGAGCAGCUGGCUAAAAAUGAUUCUACGAGCCUUUGUAAUAAUUAUAUUGAACUUGAGGAUUUUGUUAAUUUUGUGAUUCCAUUGUGAUGGUAUUUCCAAAUGCCGUAACAGAUCUUUCUACUUUGUGAUCUGACAUCCAUGUAUUAAAUUUAUUGAUAGUUGCUCAAGCAAACAGUAGCUUAAGUGUUGGCUCGUUUCGAGUUUUUAAUAGGGUUAGUAGGGGUGGAAAUGAGCUGAGUAGCUAUUGAGCUCAAUUCAAUUUGAUUAUCAUCGGAUUCAAAUGGUAAAAUACUUGAUUUAAGCUUA